CCUGCCAAGGUACACAAACAAAUCCCGAAAACACAUGCUCGGCUCUCAGGCAAACAAAUUGUGAUAGGGAAAAUCGGGCUCUAAGAGAUAGCAACAACUGAAAUUUCUAAGCAUAUACUUAUCAAUCAAUACCCGAUAAGAUUAGUUAACCACCGAUAGAUAACCCCGACGGAGACCUGUUCAACACGCUCACCUACAAGAGCCGAAAAACGCGAGUGCGUAGUCUUCACCGCGAGUUCGAACACAAAGGGUCCGAUGCCGACCGAUCGAGUUUCCCCAGACGAUGGCUACCACGUAGUGCCCAUCCACAGCGAAUCGGAUGCCCAGGUGCCCAGGAACUUAAACGACCAGCAGGUGCUGAUCCUCUCGCAGAGAAGUCCUUGCUGCAACAGGGAUCUGCGUAAUCAACCUCAAGCAAAUGCAGUUGGAGCGGCUGCCCUGAUCUUUCUUUCCGGCGGCAUUCACAUUGCCUGGAGCAUUGGUUUUGACAGUUUGCUGGCCGAACUUGUAGUUACAAAUCAUGUGCGAAUUAGUUGGUUUAUAGCGGCCAUUAUCGGAGCCCUUCUCGGUGGAUUUUUCAGUCGGUGGUUUCCUUAUAAAGUACUGAUGGAAUUCUGUUCCCUGCUGACAUUCAUCGGUGGAAUUUUGAUGGCAGUGAACAGAAUGGAUCUCGAUGCCCUGCUGGCAGGAAGAUAUUUAAACGGAUUGGCCAAUGGAUUAGCAUUAGCUCCCACUUUGGCGAUGGCUGGUGAACUCUCUGUUUUCUACAAGAGAGGAACCACGACAUCUGCCACGGAACAGUGGCCCACAACGAUUGGAAUCUUCGUGCAGAUCGUUUGCAGUGUGGUCUGGGAUUCGCAGAGUGACUUUACGGUGGAGCAGUUCCAAGGAGUCAUCAGUGGAGUCCUGGGAGCCACGGCUCUGCUCCUGGCCUUCCUGCUCUCCAUCGAUUCCCCAGUGGAUUUACUGCAACAGGGAAAUGAGCAGGGAGCCAUCGAAGCGUUGAGUAGGUUACAAAGACCGAGAGCUGUGACUGCUGAAACCUACGAUCAGGUGAGGGAUCACCGCACCUACUUGGAUCACCAUCGAUCGAUGGGAUGGCGCCACGCCCUCCCCGCCCUCGUCCGCCUCUCGGUGCUGAGGAUCUUCUACGGACUCAGCUUCAGUGUAAUGGUGGUCUUCACGAUCUUCUACGGACUCAGCUUCAGUGUAAUGGUGGUCUUCACCUUGACUUGGACGAGUACCGAGGUUUAUGGCGGCAGUUCGGGUCCCUAUGUGCUCUUUGGACUCCUGCGAUUGGUUGGCAGCUUUUCGAGUGCCUUCGCCCUGGAUUCCCUGGGCAGGAAGAUUCCCCUGCUCCUGGGACUCGUGAUCUCCGGCGGACUCUCCUUUGGACUGGCCACCAGGUUUGCGGGAAGCGAGUUCCUGAAAUUCUCGGACAGCAGAAUGGCUUUGUGGCUGCUGCUCAUCUACCAACUCUUCGCUGGGAUCGCCUUUGCCCCCAGUUCAACGUAUCUCUCGGAAGCCUUUCCUCAUAGGAUCAAGCGGCAGUGUAUAGCCUUCUGUUAUGCCCUGGAAAUGAUCGCCCAGCUGCUCAUCUGCCAAGUGGAUCUCAGUGCAAUUGGCAGUGACACCAGCUACAUAGCAUUGUACUUCUUUACCCUGGGAGGCCUUCUCCUGGCUGGAUUCCUCUUCAGCAUUUGGUACAUGCCGGAAACGAAGGACACCACGCUCCUUCAAGCGCAGUUCAAGUUCCAGGAAUUCGUCAUCCCGCCAGCCUGAAAGUAGGCCACUCAAAAGCUCAAGACUAGCCAACACGUAGAUAUAUAAUAGCUAAGAAAUAAAUCUGAAAUCUGUAUAAGCCAA